AUGAAAGGAUUAGAAGCUUUUCUUAUAUGGGUUACGAUUUUUGGGUUAAACUUUUCCGGGUGUUAUUCCAAAGUUUCAGAAGAUGAUGUCAGGUGUUUACAGGGGAUCAAGCAGCCGUUUUCAGACCCUGCGGAGAAGCUGUCUAGUUGGGAUUUUAAGAACACGUCGGUCGGAAAUAUAUGCAAGUUCGUUGGCGUUACAUGCUGGAAUGAUCGGGAGAAUCGUGUGUUCAAUCUCGAAUUCAGGGACAUGAAGCUUUCAGGUGGAAACGAAUUCUCUGGUACUAUCCCAUCACAGAUAUGUGAUUGGGUUCCUUUUAUUACUACUUUGGAUAUGUCCAAUAAUAGUUUCUCGGGUUCUAUCCCACCUGAGUUGGGAAAGUGCUCGUACCUUAAUGAGUUGGUACUUUCAAAUAAUCAGCUUUCGGGUACUAUACCUUAUGAAAUUGCUAGCUUGGGUAGGCUCAAGGUCUUUUAUAUGGAAAGCAAUCUCCUGUCAGGGGAAGUGCCUGAUUUCAAAUCAACAUAUAUCAUUGCGCAAAGUUAUGCAGAAAAUUCUCAACUCUUUGGGAGGCCUUUGGACCCCUACCAUAACAUUAAUCCAUUAAAAGUUGGUUUUGGAAUUGGUUAUUUGGUUUAA